CUGUGUCUCUGUGUGUGCGUGUGUGUGCGUGUGCGUGCGUGCAUGCUUAUGUGCGUGUGUGUUCACGCGUGUGUGCAUUUGCGAGCAUGUGUGUGUGCGUGCGUGCGUGCGCAACUAUUGGCUUAUGCCCAGCUGGCUUGCACCACAAGUCACAUAGCAUAUGUUCCUUUUUCCUCCGAAUGGAAAUUUUUAAAGUAGUAGAAGAAGAAGAAAAAGAAGUAAUAAGAAGAAAAACAACAAGUCAUUAGCAGCCAGCACUGUAGCAGGUACUUGUGUACAUGUGGCCGUCUGCGUCUGCUCAGUGUGUCUGCCUGUUUCUGCUAGAGCAGCCACUGCUUUCUCCCUCCCUCUCUUCUCCUUGAUGAAAUGUGGAGCAUAUUGCAAGUGGGACACUGCGCUCGUUGGUUCAGCCUGCCGCUAGUUGUUGCCUUUCUGCGUGUAACGUGUGAUUUGUCUAUUAUUCUAAUGUGUGUGCAAAGCCAGUGGGCUGCUCUUGUCAGCUCAGUGACCUACAACUGUAGUGUGAGCUUCGUCAGCCAGCCAGCCAAGCCAGCCAAGCCAGUCAGCCAGCCAGCCAGCCAGUGAUCACAUACAUCCAGUGAGCAAGAGUGUGUGUGUCUGUGUAUGUGUAAGUGCAUAAUGUUGGCUCGGGCUCACUGCAUGCAGCCAUUUACCUCACUCAGUCAGUUGGGGUCACGACCCCUACGGAACUAACUAGGUUUAUGUGUGCUCCUCUGCAUGGAGAGUGACAGAUCUGUCUCGGAGAUGGCUGGAGCCGAUUUCUGAAGCAAGACCACACGAGUUACAUGCCCUUGCUUGGUGGCUGGAUGCAAUUAUUGUAGGAAGAGAGAGAUAUAGUGAGAGAGAAAAAAAAAAAGAAGCAGUAAAAACCUGAAAAAGAAAUAUAAUAAAACAUGUGUGCGCUCUGUGUGUGUAUACAGUGUGUUACGGUGUGUGACGUCAUUUUGUGAAAAUGCGCAUGUGAAGAGCAACAAUUACAAACCACCUUCACCUGCCGACUGACUGCAUUUUGUGUUGAAAACAACCUGUUGUGCAACUGUGUGGUGUGUUCGUAAAGAUUAAAAACAAUAAUUAAAAACUAACAAAUAUAUAUAAAUACAUAUACACAUAUUCAUGUAAACAUUUGCCCUCGGAUUGAUAUUAAACUUGGAUCAUUGUUCCUUCAGCUUGGUAUUUCACUGGGAUAUUCUGUGGUGUUUUUUACGUGUGUACACACAUCGCUGGGUUGGAAGGAAGGCCGGCAGAAAGUGUGUUAGAGGCGAAGAAGAGGAGAGGAAAUCUUAUCUAAUGAUAUGCUGAAGUAGACAUCUGCUUGUACGUCUGCUUGUAUGUCUGCCUUCAACUGGGUUAAAGUCUCUCACUAGUCUGGCUGUUCAGGAUCACGCUGACCUCACACACACACACACACACACACACACACACACACACACACACACACACUCAGUCACACACACACACACUCACACACACAAACACGCCAGACUCUCUCCGCGGGCUGGCUAGCGAUCCCAGUAGUCAGUUAUAAUGUGCACGGCCACAUCCAACACUCACUCCUUCUCACUGCUGCCACCACUACUGCUGCUGCUGUUGUUGUUCGAGUGCAUGCGUGGCUGAUGCUGGCUCAACUCAGGUUGGUCGUGGAAAGUUUUCUCCAACUAUGAAAAGCUGGCGAGCCAGAGUGUUGUAAAGGCUCGUCUCAGCUGCUGUCAUGACACUGCGGCUCAUACUACGUCUAUAGCUAGGCUAGCAGGUUGUUAGUGUGUGUGUAUAUUCGUCAGUGGACUGCACCACUACCUUGCAGACCGGAACCUGGUGGAUGUGUAUCGGUGUGUGUCUGUGAUUGUGGCAUAACGUCUGCUGUGCGUUGAAGUGGAGAAAUAAAAAAAAUUGUUAAACAGAUAUUUUAAAAACACUAGAAAAAAAGAAAGAAACAAAUCUCAGAAGAAAACUGAGAAAAAAAAUUAUUCUUUUUUUUUCAGUGAUAAUAGUCUUACGGUGUAUUGUUCUAGCCCAAGGCUGAGAAACUUAUUUUGAUCUCUAAUUGACGAAUGAAGUAAUUUUUGGAUGUGAAAAUCAAUGGAGAAAGAUGUACGGUUUCGUCUGGUAAUUCAGUGGAUUAUACAUUCGCCUGUUUUUUGUCUGUGGAUUGUUGUACUAGAACUUGCCUUCUAAAAACGUGGCUGCUUGCUCAUGUGUGAUUCAGUGAAGCUGAAAUAUUCAUUGCUGCAUUUAAAAAAAUAUUAUUAUUAUUAUUUAACAUCAUUGCUAAAUGGGUGUUCUCUUAGUUGCUCAUUUAUCCAUUGUUAUGCUUUUUAAUCCAACUUGAAAUGGUGGACAUGGAUUUAGAAUUUGUGUAUGACAAACAUGAAUAUGUGAAUCAAGUGUUUUCAUUUUGACGCCAUUAACUAAAAAAAAAAAGAAAAAAAAGAAGAUUUUUAUAUAUAUAUUUUUUUUCAAAUGAAGUACAUAUUUUUCUCUAUGAUUUUUGAUUUCCGAAAUGAGAACGCUGCUAGUUUGGAAUGGUUUUCCGAUUCGGAGAUGGUGCUGUGUGCACGAGAGUGCAAUGGUCGUCGGUCAGGCGCUAUCGUGUUCGCUGUUCACAAGAUGGAGAAGAAGAUUUUAUAGAUGGGAUUAACGCCAACUGAAGCCCAGUUGAUGGAACAGUUAUCCAUCCUGUUUUAAAAAACCUACAGCUUGUGUACAACACCCCUCUGUACCCCCAACCCCCCUCCCCAAUCUCACGUUACGCAGUGCUGUGGUGAAAUUACAUCCCAGGAAAAGUAUCCUGUCUCUCCCCACCCACCCCCCCACCACCACCCCUUUCCACAAGUUAUGCUGUUUGAUUUGAUUCGCUGAGGAGUGGUGAUGUUACCCGGUGCGGCAGUGACGGAUUGCGUGCAGAGUGGCAGUAAAACGGACUAAUGACCCGUCAGCUGCGGAAUGAGUUUUACCACUAGUCUACUUCUGGUCACGCUAUAUGCACUUUGGAUUGCAUGCAUGAUCGUAGUAAAUGCUGAAACCAAGAAAGCUGAAUGUAGCUACACGUAUCUGAAUGACAGUCCACCGAUCGAGGCCGAGUCUGAAGAGUACGCGGCACAGGGCUUCAGCCAGUGUGAAUACAACAUUUCCGCUCCUCGCACGCACUACAUAGAGCUCAACUUCACCAAGCUGUUCGGCUUCAGCUUCGUGGACCGCGAGUCGGCGACGAUGGCCAACUCAUGCUCCCCCGAUGUCGUAAUACUGGACGGCAAGGCGCGUCCACGCACUGUGAUCUGUUCCAACCAACCUGCUGUCUUUCACACACAGUCGAACUCUAUAAAGAUUAUUUAUAUAUGGGAAAAUCACCGCAAAAGCGGUUUUACGCUCUUGUUUGACUUUCAUAAAAAGUCGUGUGCAUUUCUCUGUGAUGGUGGCGCCACCUGCCUGCAGACAGCGGGCAGUCUCUGCGACGGUGUGGCAAACUGCAUUGAUCGCAGCGACGAAACCAAGGAGAGCUGUCCGGAGUCUGGUGCUUCUAAAAGAUCCAGUGAUCUUGUUCCAUACAUUGUGAUAAUAACCAUUUCUAUUGUGAUAAUUUCGCUGUUUGUGGCCGUCGUGUACUUGGUGCAACACCAGAGCUGCAAGAUGAUGUCGCAGAGGCAUCUGGGUCGAUCCCGGCACACGCAGUCACACAACUCGGAGACAUUUGUUCCAAGUCCUACGCAAAACAAUUCGGAGCAACAAGUGUCGUUGCUGAUCGACAACAACACAAGCUGUGUUCACGCCGCGGAGCCGUGGUAUCCGCCCCAGGUGCGUCGGUCGAAGGACGGGGAGGAGGGCUACAUGGAGAGUCAGAAGGAGAUGGCCAAGAUACAGCAGCAGGCGGAGAGCGGCGGCGGUGACGCAUGCGUCCGCCCUCCCCCCAACAAGACAGUGCACGACGCGCAUGGCGACGGGCCCCCCCCACCUUACAAAGACUCGGCCCGCUCGCUCGACUCGCUCGGGGUGGGCGUGGCCCCCUCAGUGAGGCUGCGCGACUAUUCCAGCGGCCACCCGGUCCGCUGUCACAGUGUCUCUAGUCACAGGGACGGCUACUACCCGUACUGUUCUAAUAACGACACCUCUUGGACUUCGUCGUCGUCGGCGUCGCGAACCUCCCCGCCCACCGGUCACUUCGGCUCUGUGCCCACGUCGGGGGGGAUCGGGGGGAUGGGGGAACGAAUUGACUUGGGCCCGCCCCCGGACUACCAAGAGGCUUUCAGUGUUAGUGUGUGCAGUUUUACGUCGGAGAAAGAAAACGUAUGAUGACGCACAUUUUAAUUUUUUUUUUUUGCGGCCUGUUUUUCGCUGCAGAGAGUUCUAUUAUUGUUAUCUUUUUUCGUGUUUUUUUUUUUACAAAAGAAAACAAAUUAAUAAAUUUGUGCGAUAAAAAAAAGAGAAAGAAAAAGAAGCCGACAGCAACGCAUGAUACUAAAAUAAGACACCCGUUUAUAGUUGCUCGCUGUGGUUCGUGUGUGGGGACGGUUAGUGAUACGUUCAUAAGCUGUGCUGUGCAAGACAGCCUCACAGAAAGGAAAAGGGAAAUGUGGAAGAGGUAAUGAUGAGGUACGGUAUGCUGUGUGUACUAGACGUUAUGCAGAACAGGCUGGGCUCGUCGCAAGUUGAAUAACUCUGUGGUUACGCAGAGAGGACAGCAUUGUGUGCUAGACGUAACGGGCUUGUCGCAAGUUUAAUAACUCGGUAAUUACGCAGAGAGUAGUCCUGAGGGACGUAGAAAGUGUGGUCACUUAAUGUGCCCCGUGGACUGCAGAGGACAGCAGCUGCUUAAACGUAGGACUUGAAGCAAUCUGAGAGCACAGGGAUAAUGGCUGUUAGUAGAGAGACCAACUAUUUGUGCUGUUAUGUCACAAAUCAAACGGGGGCAACGUAUUGUGGAGGUCAUACAUGUAUGUGUUCACAGGAAACACGGGCAAGUUCUCACUGUUGUCAGGUGGAUGGUGAUCAAUGUUAAACAUGUCGCUAAACCUGUAGCCAUUUCACAAGAGGUUUGAAAGAGUCGAGAAGAAGACUUUGUUUAAGAUGUAACAAAGCAAAUUGGUAAAAAAUGCCACAAAGCAGUCUGGUAAAAAGAAAUGCCACAAAGCAGUCUGGUAAAAAGAAGAAAUGCCACAAAGCAGUCUGGUAAAAAAAGAAAAACAACAUGUCACAAAGGGUGGGAAAAUGCCACAAAGCAGUCUGAUGUUGAGAGAGACAUAUACAGGUUGCACUGGGUAUCCGAUGGUAGCAGAACUUUAAAACCUGGGAAUCUGUUAAGAAAAAUGGUCUUUGUUACAAGGAAUCUGUUGAGAUGUGAUUUUUACGAAUCUGAAGACAAAUGAAGUGAAAUUUCAUCAUUUCUGAACAACGAUACCAUUUUAAGAAUCUUAUACUUUUCAAUCUUAAUGGAUUAUACUUUGUUUGGGGUGACUCAAUGAACAAAAUCAUUUUCUGUUUUUUGUGCUCCACUUCCUGACUUAUUCUUGUGAAGAUUUGAACAGAACUAUGAUGAUCGGACGGUUACGCGCUCCUUCCCAGAUUGUACGUUUUUCUUGUCAUUGCAGUCAGAAGAAAUUAUUUUUCAAGAUGGCUGCCUCUCUUUGUGCAGAAAGUUCCUGUUGUGGGGAUGCUCUUGUUGUCUGCAUUAGCCAAUAUAAACUGAUGUACGCCCACUGUGGAAGCUGUUGCUAUGGAUGUGUGAAGCCCGUCGUUAAAACAGAAGUGCUGCCAUUUUCUUUCUGCUUGGGAUAUGGGUGUUGUUGUUUCGUAGGAUUUAUUCCAGUGUGGUGGACCCAGGAAGAUGCCCUGUGCACCUCUAGGGAGUGAAUGGAUGCUGCUUGUGUGUGUAUGUGUGGUUGGGUUUUUUUUGUAGAUUUUUUUUUUUUUUUUUUUUUUUU